CAUUAACAAGCAAGUACAUCAUCAGGGAGCACUUCGAUAUACAAACCCUCCUUUUUAUAAGCAAAACUCCAACUAUUCGUAAUAUGGAUCAAAACUUGCUACGACUGAUUUUCGACAGUCCCGUCGAAAUUCAGGUCAUGAUUCUCGGUCAAUUGAGUGUAAAAGAGUUACAUACAGUGCUCUUGGGAAAUCCACAGUUUAUGGAGGUGAUUGACCAGGAAUUCCAUUCAUUUGUCAGAUUAAUAUUCGAGAAAUGUCCUAAUAUGCCUUAUAACUUAGAGAUCCGUCAUCUUGUCCAUCGGAUCGUUUCUCUUAAAGCCUCGCCUAAGCCCCCCUUCGCGAAUUCGAAGAAUGGCCCACGGACGUACGCUAACUGGAUUAAAGAAUUUUCCAAGCGAAGUGACGAUGCUAUGCUUCCAACUAUUCCUCGCACUCUUGAGAGCUUGAGCCGUAUCCAGCUCUUACUUCAAAGCGUUGAAAGCUGGGUAGGCCGACUUCACUACAACUUCUCCAGGUCGUACCCAUCUCAAGAUCCCCAAAGUUUCGAGAGCUUCCUCAGAACCCAGGACAUGGUCAUAGUACACGGGAAAGAUAGCCAGGAUGAGCAUUCCUUCUCAGCUGUUGAGUCGUACCGCAUUCGCCGGGCUCUCCUCCUAUUUGAACUCUAUUGUACACUUUUUCAUUGCUCUAAUCCCUGUAGAAACGGUAAACAGCACAACGUUAGAGUUUCUGAGCAAAUGUUAUUCCUUCAGUCAUUACAGCCUUUUCUCCUGACAGAAUUAGAUGCUAUAUACGGAAUGAUCGAGUGUUACCUAGAUUGGAAUUGGCAUCUUUACGGGAUACCCUGCCGCAUCUCCUUACCCCUGCAUCCUGGGCAUAAUGUAGAACCUGGUGGAGAAACACUCGAAUAUAUUAUGAGCAAGGGAUUGGAAUCGUUAAUACGGGAGGUCUCUGAUGAUAUGGUCCCACCGUAUGAAUAUAAUGACUUCGGUGCGAUCGAACGGUACUGUGCCCGAUGCAUAGUCUACGACCCAACUGGGAACUCAUUUUUUACAGCGCCUUUAAGUCACUGUUUUAGCGACUACCAAGGUUUAGACAGCAUCCGGAUCCCCACCAUGGUUCCUACAAGUAUGGUAUCCUGGAGGGGUGCCCCUGAUAGGACCAAUGGCCCGUCAUGGUUAUGUCGAACUUACUUCGACCCUGAUGAAAAGCAAAACAAAGAUCGAAUCGCAGCUUUGAUCAAAGAGGAUCCUCAUAACUGGAUGGGUCUUGCGUUUUGGGAAGAAGACCGUCUGAACCGCCACUUCAAGCUGACUGAGGAGGCUAGGAUUUCCGGUAUUGAUCCAGAAUUUCAAAGAUCGAGUUACCAAGUAACAACUGACCCAACCGAUUGGCAUACGGAGUGGUUAAUAUUUAUGGACGACCCAAAUGUAGGAUAUGUAGGCACGAGAUUACCGGACUCAGCUGCCGCCAUCUACCGAUCAAUUUUGGGAUAAUGGUUGGAAAUAGCAACUUUUUAAAGACCGACGAAAUCUCUAACAAACGAC